CAGAUACAGAUCUUCACAUCCUGGAAUAAAAAGUCAUCAUUAACGAGCAAGGAAACUGCCUAUAGGUGAUAAUUUGUAACUUCACAACACAUGGACAGAAAUUUUCCAUGUAUUUCUGUGCAAAUUUCUACUGACAGGAGUAAAAAUUCACAGCGCUGUUAGGAAGUGUAAAGAAGAAAGCAAGUCACACUUAAACUAUAAUAUUUUGAAUGAUUUGCGGGGUGGGGGGGGGGAGAACUCUUUCCAAUUUUUUCAAACACCAACGCGCUUAGGAGGAAGAAAGAUACUCGGCCUUUCCUCAACUAGCCGCUUAGAGGAGGGAAAAGCUCCCCAGCCGUCUGGUCGGACGCAAACUCCGAGGCCCUACAGGUCCCAAUUCAGGUUUCCAGGGCCAAACCGGGCUGACACCCACGCGGCCCUCCUUCAUCUCGCAUAGCGGCGCUUCCUGGCACCAGCAAGCCGAAGCCUGAGCGCCUGGCAGAGAACCCAAUGAGGCGGAGAGGGAGAAGCGAAGAAGCCCCUUCCCGGCGCGCGUUCCGUGCCUUUUUAUCCGGAGAUUCUAGUCGCGGCUACCGAAGAUCCCACUUUCUACUGAGGCGUCGGGCGCUAGAGGGCGGGCGGAGAGCUUUCCUUCUUUCCCAAGCUGCUUGCUCGGCUUUGUUAUUUCUUGCCCUCCCUUCCCCUCCCCUCCCCGGCCUGGUCCCUCCAUUUCCUGUCUGGCUUUGUGCGGGCGACGGAUAUGGGCAGCAGCCUCUUCAGGUGUGUCUGCUACGGGCUGAUUUCCUCCUUUCCCGCGGCGGGGCUGGCAGGAGGGCGCGAGCAGAGGCGGGCGCUCCGGCGCAUCAUGUGAUGAGCCCCUCGCUCUCCCUGACGGUGCGCCUCAUUCCCGCCCGCCUUUCCUUUUUCGUGGAAGCCGCCGCUUUCGCUCCGACUUGUGGAGGCGGCUGUCUGGCUUCAAACGACGGCAGCUGACGAGGUUGCUGCCUCCUCGCGACAUGGACAGCCCGCUGAGCGCGGCGAUUACUGCCGGUCCUUUGAGCUGCCUCCGGGAGCUGCUCGGUUGAGGCGCAGCCACUCGGGAGAGCGCGGCUCCAGUGUCGGGCGGCGGCGGCGCCUGCAGCCGAAGAGAGCUGCGCACACAAAGGCGCGCCCGGCUCGGCUCCUCCUCAGCCUUCCAACUUGGAUUUGGCAGACUUAUCCAGAACUCGAAUUGUUGAAUGCUAGGGGAGCCAGUACAAUUUUUGUAUGGAUAUGCUUACAGGUAUAAAUUCUUCCUGUUUUUAGAGAAUUUUAUGGUACUUGAAGAAAGCCUGCAGGGAUAAGCAUCCCAGUUCUCAAGGAAUUAGCAUAUGAAUCACUACAGAAUACACUGUAUUUAAUGAAAACGGCAAAGAUCAGAACAUCAUUAGGCAAAGUGAGAGCCUCGGAACAAAAACAACUGAAUUCAUGCGAACUAAUUUAUAAAGCAAGUACCACAGAGAAAUGGCUAUAUGGAUAUGGAUAUUGAGCAUUCUGAGCUACUCUUGCUUUUCUCGUGCAUUAAGGUCAAAGAAAUGGGAUGUGUACCAGAGUAAGACGGAACUUAGUCACCUAACAGUGAACCAUAAUACGGGGACAGUCUACUUAGGAGCAGUAAAUGCCCUGCAUCAACUCACAAAAGACUUGAAACCCUCAAUAGAUGAAGUAAUCACCGGGCCACAUUUGGAUAACAAAAAAUGCACACCUCCCAUUGAAGAAAGCCAGUGCUCUGACAAACAAAUGACAGACAAUUACAACAAAUUACUGCUGGUGGACACUCAGGAGAAAAGAAUAGUAGUCUGUGGGAGUCUAUUUAGGGGCAUAUGCUCCAUAAGAGAGCUUGAAAAUAUAUCCAACAGGACUUACUAUGAGACUGGCAGCGGAGAGAAAUCGUUUGUUGCAAGCAAUGAUGAGAAUGUAGCUACAGUUGGGCUGAUCACCUCUUUGAAAAAAGGCCGAAUGAUGUUUGUGGGGAAGGGCAAUGGGGCAAAUGACAACGGGGUCAUAAUCAGCACUCGACAGCUUUUCAAUGGAGAUGGGAGAGAGAUUUUUGAAUUGUAUGCUGAUCCUGCUGCUAUUAAAUCAGCAUAUCCUUACUCAAGCUCACAGCAGUUCCUCUACAUCUUUGAAGACAAUAAAUUUGUUUAUUUUAUUUUCAAUCAAAAUGAGAGGCAGGCCACUAUAAACAGGACACUUAUUGGACGGCUCUGCAAAGAAGAUGAACAUUAUCAUUCCUAUUUUGAAAUGGACUUGGAAUGUAAAGAUGACACCGGUCCUUUUAAUCAAAGCAAUGCAAUCUAUGCUUCUGUCCAUGGGGAACACCCAACACAUAAUCUAGCAUCAUCAGAGCAAGCUUUUGAGACCUCACCACAGGACAAACUGCUCAUUGGCCUUUUCAGGAGAAUGGAAAAAGACUCUUUGGUGUCUGCCAUGUGUGUUUAUAACUUGAGCGAUAUCAACAAAAAAAUGGAAGAAAACAGGGAGAAAUGUUAUACAAAGGAUGCACGCAAUGUAUUUUACAAACCAUUCCGAACAGAAAAUGCUCCAUGCAAAAGUUCAUCGCACCAGAAUUCAAGUGUAACAUUUCCAUGUGGCUCUGAACAUUUACCGUAUCCUUUGGGAAGCAAAGAAGGAAUUUCUGCAGAACCUGUGUUCAAAAAGGAAGGCAUAAAUUUAACAGCAGUGGCCUUUGCUGUGGAGAAUGGGAAGACUGUAGUAUUUGUUGGAACAUCAGAUGGCAGAAUUCUGAAGGUAGCUUUGUCAAAUCCUGCAAAGGAAUAUGCUAGCAUUCUUAUUGAAAAAAAUAAGCCUAUAAAAAAGGAUCUUCUUCUUGAUAGUCUCCAUGAGAACUUAUAUGUGAUGACUACAGAUAAGGUUUUUCGUUUGCCUGUCCAAGACUGUGCUAGUUACUCAACCUGUAACCUGUGCAUCCAAGCCAGGGAUCCUUACUGUGGCUGGUGUGUAACAGAAGGAAAAUGCACAAGGAAAAAGGACUGUGAAAGAUCAGCUAGGGAAAAUAAUUGGCUUUGGAGUCCUAAUGGUGUUUGCUUGAGUAUUACAAGUGCUAACCCUCAAAAUAUGAGCCGGAAAGUUCUGAGCAAGGUAGAAUUUACUAUAAGCCCUUUGCCAGACUUAAAUGAAGAUGAUCAGCUUUGGUGUCAGUUUGGUGAAAUGAGGCAGCAGGCAGAGAAACACGGUGAUGCUGUUAUCUGCCUACCUCCAAAUCAAAUUCCUCCAACAACCAAAGGCCAAGACUCUGUCCUGGUUCUGGUAAAUCUGACCUUUGGAGAUAAUAUAUUUUUUGCAUCGGGUACAUACCCUUUUUAUGACUGUGGAGAAGCUAUAAAUCAUAUUGAAAAUGAGCCGUGUUAUUCCUGUGCAAGCAGUAGAUGGAAUUGCCAAUGGGACUGGAAGAAUCAUGUCUGUGAAGAUGCUUCUCUAGAGCAGGAUGUGAUUAAACAGAAUAUGGAAGAAGAAUGUCCACAUUUUCUAAAUCCCAGUCCUGAAGUAAUACCAAUGGAGGUCUCAACAAAAGUUUAUUUUGAAGGAAAGAAUCUAGAUAAUUAUCAGGAUAGAACUUUCAAAAUUGGAAAUAAUAAGUUUGAAUUUGAGACCACAGUGGAACAAACAGAAAAUGGAAAAUAUUUAUUUGAAAGCCCAGAGAUUACCAAUAUUGAAAAUGAAACUCUACCAUUGAGUUUAUUCAUUAAAACAGACAAAGAUAAAAUUGAUAGCAAGUUAAUUGUGACUUUAUAUAGCUGCUCUUAUGGUCGGGAUGACUGCAGCUUGUGUCUUGCGGCUGAUCCUCAGUACCAGUGUGUCUGGUGUGAAACCAGGGAGAGUUGUGUUUUCACAAAACGUUGCUCAUCUUCUACAACUACCUGCCCUGCUCCAGUCAUUACUCAGAUUGAACCAAAGAAUGGACCUCUAAGUGGUGGAAUUUUGUUGACAAUAAGAGGGUCUAACUUGGGCAUAAAGGCUGAAGAUGUCAAAGAAAUAAUGGUAGCCAACACUGAAUGUCAAUUUAGAAAAGAAUUCUACUCUGUUUCUACCAAAAUUGUAUGUGAAGUUGGGCAAGGGUCAAUGGAAAAAACUGGUGAAAUUCAAGUUAAUAUAAAUGGACAAUAUGGCACAUCCACAAAUGAAGUGCAAUUUACAUAUCAGGAUCCUAUACCUACAGGAAUAAAUCCUCUGAGAGGUCCCCAAGCUGGAGGAACAGUUCUAACUAUCAGUGGCACAAACUUAGCCACAGGUUCUAUUGAAGAUGUUAGUGUUUACCUUGAUGAAGAACCCUGCAGAGUUAUCACAUUUGGGCAAGAAAUCGUUUGUAUUACUGGACCAAGCAACAAGAAGCUACCUGUUUCUGUAACUUUACAGCACGGAAAUACCAAAAAAGAAAUACAGAAUGUACAAUUUACCUACAGUGAAAAUCCUACCGUUAGCAAGAUCACCCCUGAAGUCAGCAUUCGGAGUGGAGGACGAAAUAUUACUGUACUUGGUGCUGGGUUUGAUAUCAUUCAGAAAUUCUCUGUGGAAGUUAAAUUCAAGCCUUUUACAGAUAUAUCAUCAAGGAGAAGGAGGAGGAGACAAACAGAGAGGCAUCAAAAGUUUGAAGGAAAGACCAUCUCAAAAAUCAAUGAUACUGCAUUAGUCUUCUUAUCUCCACCAGUACUAGAGGAUCCAGAACAUUAUCAAAUUUUUAUACUUAUUAAAAUGGAUGGUCAUGUGGUGGAGCGUCAAGACUUUCAGUAUGUUGCUGAUCCAACUUUUGAAAACUUUACUGAUGGAGUCAAAAAACAAGUCAACAAACUUAUUCAUGCAAAGGGUAGUAAUCUGAACAAAGCUAUGACAAUCGAUGAGGCUCGUGCAUUUGUAGGAGAAGAACCCUGCAACAUAACAACUCUAACUGAAAAAGAUUUAUAUUGUGAACCACCUGAAGAUCAACCUCUACCCAAGCGGAGGCAAAAAAGGGAUACAGUCAACAACCUUCCAGAAUUCAUCGUAAAAUUUGGCUUCAAAGAAUGGGUCCUAGGAAGAGUGGAGUAUGCUCAAGUCAGUGAUGUGCCACUGAGUCUGAUCUUGACAUUGGUAAUUAUCCCCAUGGUGGCCAUUAUCAUCAUCUCAGUCAUUUGCUACAGACGAAAAAGCCAACAAGCAGAACGAGAAUACGAAAAAAUUAAAUCACAACUUGAAGGCUUGGAAGAAAGCGUCAGAGAUCGGUGCAAAAAGGAAUUUACAGAUUUAAUGAUAGAAAUGGAGGAUCAGACAAAUGACAUCAAUGAAGCACGAAUUCCAGUGCUCGACUACAAAACCUAUACAGACAGAGUCUUCUUUCUGCCCUCUAAGGACGGAGAAAAGGAUGUAAUGAUCACUGGGAAAUUGGACAUUCCUGAAGCCAGACGACCAACCGUAGAACAGGCAUUGAAUCAGUUCUCCAAUCUGCUCAACAGUAAAUCAUUCCUCAUUAAUUUCAUUCACACGUUGGAAAACCAAAAGGAAUUUUCUGCCCGUGCAAAAGUAUAUUUUGCAUCUCUUUUGACCGUGGCUUUGCAUGGGAAGCUAGAAUACUAUACUGACAUCAUGAGGACAUUGUUUUUGGAACUUAUGGAGCAGUAUGUUGUGGCCAAAAAUCCCAAACUGAUGCUCCGAAGAUCUGAAACCGUUGUGGAAAGAAUGCUUUCUAAUUGGAUGUCAAUUUGUCUUUAUCAGUACCUCAAGGAUAAUGCUGGGGAGCCUCUUUAUAAAUUGUUCAAAGCUAUCAAACAUCAAGUAGAGAAAGGACCAGUGGAUGCUGUGCAAAUGAAAGCCAAAUACACCCUUAAUGACACUGGUUUGUUGGGAGAUGAUGUAGAGUAUUCACAGUUGACUGUAAAUGUGAUUGUUCAAGAUGAAGGCACAGAAUCCAUACCUGUAAAAGUGCUAAAUUGUGACACUAUUUCUCAAGUAAAAGAAAAGAUCAUAGACCAAGUAUAUCGAAUUCUGCCUUACUCACAGUGGCCAAAGCCUGACAGUGUUGUUCUUGAGUGGCGUCCAGGAUCUACUGCACAGAUACUCUCAGACUUGGAUUUAACGUCACAAAGGGAAGGGAGGUGGAAGCGCAUCAAUACCCUGAUGCACUAUAACGUAAGAGAUGGUGCUACCCUCAUCUUGUCAAAAAUGGGGAUUUCUCAACAGCCAGAGGAUCACCAACAAGACAUGCCAGAGGAACGACAUGCUUUAUUGGAAGAAGAAAAUAAGAUCUGGCAUCUAGUUCGACCAGUAGAUGAAGUUGAUGAAGGUAAAUCAAAAAGAGGGAGUAUGAAGGAGAAGGAAAGGACCAAAGCUAUCACUGAAAUCUACCUGACAAGGCUUCUCUCUGUGAAGGGUACACUUCAGCAAUUUGUAGAUAACUUUUUCCAUAGUGUACUUGAUUCACAUCAUGUUGUUCCACCAGCUGUGAAAUAUUUCUUUGACUUUCUUGAUGAGCAAGCAGAGAAGCAUGAUAUCAAAGAUGAGGACACCAUCCACAUCUGGAAAACAAACAGCUUGCCCCUUAGGUUCUGGGUGAACAUAUUGAAAAAUCCCCACUUCAUCUUUGAUGUUCACGUUCAUGAAGUAGUAGAUGCUUCCUUAUCAGUCAUUGCACAAACUUUCAUGGAUGCUUGCACAAGAACAGAGCACAAACUAAGCAGGGAUUCUCCAAGUAACAAGUUACUCUAUGCAAAAGAGAUCUCUACAUAUAAGAAAAUGGUGGAAGAUUAUUAUAGAGGUAUUCGCCAGAUGGUACAAGUGAGUGAUCAAGAUAUGAAUACACAUUUAGCAGAGAUUUCUCGAGCCCACACAGACUCAUUAAACACCCUUGUGGCUUUACACCAGCUCUACCAAUAUACUAACAAGUACUAUGAUGAGAUUAUAAAUGCACUAGAAGAAGACCCAGCUGCACAAAAAAUGCAGCUUGCUAUUCGAUUACAGCAAAUAGCAGCUGCUUUAGAGCAUAAAGUGACUGACCUUUGAUUUGAAAGCUGCAAUAAAAAAGUCUGAUAUGAA